CAAACGUGGCGCUAAUGCGGUGCUUUAUCGGAAGCGCAUGGAUUAUUAUAUUUCGGAUAUAGUAAGCGAGCACCACUCUCAUUGAUUUCUGAAGAAGUCCCCCAUAUAUUCUUGGUGCUUUGUGUAGCUUGUAAGCCAGGUAGAUAGCGAGUUGAAUGUGGGCAAGGUUGUAGGUAAUCAGUUUAGAUUUCAAACUAGGGCUCAGUUUAGGUUUGUUUCUAAGGCAAAGCAAGCACCAUGUACACUCCUCAAGUUUCAUCAGUGUCCUGGGACUCAUUUUCUGCCAGAGCAUCCCCAAGAGCAUCUGGGAAAAAGUCCAAGUCUGCCAUCAAAACUCCAGGAUUACUUCGCUCAUCGUUCACUGCCAGCCCUGGCCUUCAUGCAUCCAGGAUAGUGGAAGAAACUCCAGAAUAUAUUUUAGAGUCAUUGGGACCACCUCUUCCAGUCUUGGUUACUGAAGUUCUUGCUUCAUCUGAUAGAGGGGGCGAGGUGAGCGCCCAGGUGUCGGAGCGCGGCUGGUGCUGGCUAGUAUGCGGCCGCCGGCUGCUGGUGUGGCGGCUCAGCGGCGCCGACGGGCCGCGGCGCGUGGCGUUCUGCCGCGAGCUCACGCUGCCGCCCAGCGACCUGGCGCACAGGGCCGAGCUGGUCCAGGUGCUGGGCGGCUCGGAGACCCACGUGCCGUGCUGCCUGGCCGUCUCGCCUGAGGGCACGCUCCGAUUCUGGCCCAGCGUCAUCUACGAGAGCUCCAGCAUCGAGAGCAGUGCCGACCUACAGGGCCAGGAGUGCGAGCGGCUGGUGUCGCUGGGCGAGGCCGGCUGCCUGCUGGCCACCACCACCUCCACGCUGGUGCUGGUAACGUGGGAAGGUGGACUGGCCUGCCGCCGCCUGGCGCCGCCGGCCGGCCUGCUCGGCGGCAUUGGACGCCGCGUCUCGUCGCUCAUCUGGGGCGCCAUGCAGGCGGCAGGCUCGGAGGAGCCGCUGGUGUCACUGUGUGCCGCGCCGCCUGAGGAGGGCGCCGACGCGCCGGCCGGUCGCACGGUGUUCGUGUUGACGGCGCGGCACCUGCAGCGUUGGUGGGUGGAUGCCGCCAGCGAUGCCGACCGCAUGGAUGCGCAGACCGACCUCGUCCGCUUGGCGCGCGACCGCCUCCUGCAGGCCGACUUGAGUCGUGAGACCAGCAGUGCCGACCAGCUGAAGGUGACGCUCCGUGACCUCUGUGUCACGCGCCACGGCGUCCUGGUGCUCAUCACGGCCCAAGACCCGCCGCCGUCCGGUGCCACGCUCCUCGCUCUGGGUGCGGUGGAUGACGUCAGCGCCGGCGGUGCGGCCCAUUGGUCGUGGUUCGAUGUCAUCCCUCACACGCCCAGCGGCGACGAGUGUGCCGCCGAGCUGAGGAUGCUGGCUGCCGGCGACAGGGUGUUCAUCCACGACCGCCGCCAAAUACUAUGCGUCAACAUGGCGCCGGCGUCGGAGCUGAAGGACGCCGUCCGGCUGUCGCCUCCCGGGGAGCGCAUCAUCGGCUGGGGCCUGGGCGCCGACGCGGCCCCGCUCGUGCUCACCAGCCACCCGGGCCUGCUCCGACUGACGGCUCGCACCGCACCCGGCGCCGACCACAGUCAGACGAUGAAUCUGUCGCUGCUGGGUCUGGAUCAGACGGCGCCGCUGUCCCAGUCCUUCAACGUGUCCUUGACCCAGGUCGACCUGGAAGAGCUGCUGACAUCCAGCUCGGAUGUCAAAGCCAAACUGCGUGCUGCCUGCAUUCUCUUCUGCAAAAACGAUUUGUGUCUGCUCGUACCGCUGGCAGGGCCCAGCAAGCCGCAGCACAUGCUGGCACACUCAUCUCUGUACAUCAGUAUGCGCAUCGACAUUCACCAGGUCUAG